CACAUCUCUAAUCAAAUACCAUCACGUCGAAAUACAGCAAAAUUCUGUUGGUAAACAUAAGCAAAAUUAAGGCUGGCAAUUAAUGCGGCAGCAUGCAACCAGUUGAUUACCAAUUUGCAAGCAUUGUUAACCUGGCCGAAAGCCUGCUGAAUAGAUUUGGGGCCGAUUCGCAUAGAUAAGCGAGUAACAAGCAUCUACAGCUGCUGUUGAGUCAUCACCUUUUAGCCAAAUAAGCCAAAAAAGGCUAACAGCCGUUGGCCAGCUAGUGAUAGAGCCCCAGGUGAGCCACAGAGCACACACACACUUGCCCACACCCAGCGACUCAAAAACCCGAAAACCAACCCAUUUUGGCAACAUCCCCAAUGGAGGACUACAAGUUCCUGUUCAAAAUCGUCCUGGUGGGCAAUGCUGGUGUUGGAAAAACCUGCCUAGUGCGCCGCUUUACUCAGGGCCUAUUUCCACCUGGCCAGGGUGCCACCAUUGGCGUGGAUUUCAUGAUUAAGACGGUGGAGGUGGAGGGGGAGAAGAUCAAGCUACAAAUCUGGGACACCGCCGGCCAGGAGCGGUUCCGAUCCAUCACGCAAAGCUACUAUCGAUCGGCUCACGCCUUGAUCCUGGUGUACGACAUCAGCUGCCAGCCCACAUUUGACUGCCUGCCGGACUGGCUGCGCGAGAUCCAGGAGUAUGCCAACUCCAAGGUACUCAAAAUCCUGGUGGGUAACAAGACGGACAGGGAUGAUCGCGAGAUACCCACCCAGAUUGGCGAAGAGUUCGCCAAGCAACAUGACAUGUACUUCUUGGAGACAUCCGCCAAGGAGGCAGAGAAUGUGGAGCGGCUGUUCUACGAGAUUGCCGCCGAAUUGAUUGGUCAGGCAAGGAGCAAGGAUGGCAGUAGUUCGGCCGCAGCGGCAGCCGCCCAGCGUCAGUCGGAGGGCAGCUCCAUCGGCCUGGGGAGCUUCAGUGCCAAGGCAGCGCAGAGCAAUUGCUGUGGCGGACUCGCCAGCGGCGGCUCCAACUCUAGUCAAGGCGGCUGAGCAGCUGCAAACUGAACUUGAAGCUGAGCAGCUAAUAUGUAACUUGUUAAGGACUAAUCGUGAUAUUCCAUUUAUCUUUUAUUACCACAAUGCUCCCACAUUCUACCACAAAAAUAAGUUCAAUUUUGUUUUUAUAAGCAUGAUUAUGACGUGAUCGUUUGCCCUUGUAACGAUUCCUAUUAGAUUGUUAAAACACUUUGGCUACAAAUACCUUUAAAUGUAAAAGUAUUUAGAGCAAUUCUCAUCGCUUUCACUAAACUACGAUAAUGACGAACAUUUAAAGUACAAUGUGCAAACGGAUCUGGAAACUGUGCAGCUAAUCUGUUAUAGUUAAACACUUAUCGUGAUAUUCUGUUGAUGCUUAAAGGUUUAUUCUUUAAUUUACAAGACU